AUGGAUUCCGACCAUCAACCGCUGGAGGCGCAACACCACUCGGAGCAAUCGACUUACCAAACCAACACGACAAGCUCCCAGAUGUCUCAAUCAAACUUUCACAUUACUGAGCAAUCUAAUUCUAGCAACGUGGUGGAAUCCAAUAAUGAAUCCAACCACGAGGAAGCCCACCAACACGAAAUCGCUGACCCCGUCAUCUCGAGCGCAUCGUCUACCCUGUCUUCCCAUGAAAGCACCAGUGGUGGCUGGGGCGAGCAAAAGGCCGGCGAGCCCGUCUCCCGCCGGGGUGCAAUGGAGGAUCUGGAGGAAAUGCGCCGCGAAUUGACCCGUCUCAGUUUGCACCGCACUCGCUCAGCGACUUCCAAGAGCAUGCACCGCCUCAAAUCGCGUGCCAGCCGUCAAGAUGAAGAGAAAGCCCUAGACGAUGAAACCGACUCGGAGGAUCAUGGCUUUGAUUUGAAUGAGUUCCUCAUCGGUGGUCACCUGGAACGCCGCACGACUGCUGGCGAACCUGCCAAGAAGGUCGGUGUGGUCUUCAAAAACCUCACUGUCAUGGGUGUGCAGACAGGCGCAUCUUUUGUGCGCACCCUGCCUCAUGCAGUGAUAGGCACAUUUGGUCCUGAUUUGUACAACGUUAUCUGUCGCUUCGUGCCGCAGCUGUGGGUCGGAAAGAAACCGCCGGUUCGGGAGCUGAUCAGCGACUUCAGUGGUUCCGUGCGCGAGGGUGAGAUGAUGCUUGUUCUCGGCCGUCCCGGUGCAGGAUGUACCACUUUCCUCAAGGCGAUUGCCAAUGAUCGCCAGGCCUUUGCUGGAGUCAAUGGCGAGGUUAGCUAUGGUGGUCUCUCCGCCGAGGAUCAGAACCGUUAUUUCCGUGGCGAAGUCAACUACAACCCCGAGGAUGACCAGCAUUUCCCGUCGCUCACGGUCUGGCAGACUUUGAAGUUCUCCCUUACCAACAAGACACGCAAGCAUGAUCGUGAUAGCAUUCCUAUUAUCAUUGAUGCUCUGCUGAAGAUGUUCGGCAUCAGUCAUACCAAGAACACUCUAGUUGGUAACGAGUAUGUUCGUGGUGUCUCCGGUGGUGAAAGGAAGCGUGUUAGUAUCGCCGAGACCCUGGCUACCAAGUCGACCGUGGUCUGCUGGGACAACUCGACCCGUGGUCUGGAUGCCAGCACUGCCUUGGACUACGCCAAGUCGCUUCGCAUUAUGACCGAUGUCAGCAAGCGCACUACUCUGGUCACCCUCUAUCAGGCGGGAGAGAGCAUUUACGAGCUCAUGGACAAGGUGUUGGUCAUAGAUGAGGGUCGCAUGCUCUACCAAGGCCCCGCGCAGAAAGCGCGCCAGUACUUCCUGGACCUUGGUUUCUACUGCUCGGACCAAGUGACAACUGCCGACUUCCUAACCUCCGUCUGUGAUGUCAAUGCUCGCGAAUUCCAGCCCGGUCGUGAGGCUUCCACUCCCAAGACCGCCGAGGAACUUGAACGGGUGUUCAAGAGCAGCGACGCCUACAAGCACAUUUUGGAUAAUGUCAGCACCUACGAGAAGCAGCUUGAGGAGACCCAACAAGAAGAUACCCGCCGCUUUCAGAGCAGUGUCGCCCAGUCCAAGAGUAAGACUGUUUCCAAGAAGUCUCCUUACACUGUGUCUUUGGCCCGUCAGGUCGCUGCCUGUGUGAAGCGCGAGUUCUGGCUUCUGUUGGGUGACAAGACUUCUCUCUAUACCAAGUACUUUAUCAUCAUCUCCAACGGUCUUAUCGUUUCGUCUCUGUUCUACGGUGAAUCAAUGGACACCAGCGGUGCCUUCUCCCGUGGUGGUGCUCUUUUCUUUUCGAUCCUGUUCCUUGGCUGGCUGCAAUUGACCGAACUCAUGCCCGCUGUCAGUGGCCGAGGAAUCGUUGCCCGUCACAAGGAUUAUGCCUUCUACCGUCCGUCGGCUGUCUCAAUCGCCCGCGUGGUAAUGGAUUUCCCAGCCAUUUUCUGCAUGGUCGUUCCAUUCUGUAUUAUUGUCUAUUUCAUGGCCGGUUUGGAUGUGACUGCUUCCCAGUUCUUCAUCUACUUCCUGUUCGUGUACACCACCACUUUCUGUAUCACCUCAAUGUACCGCAUGUUUGCAGCCCUUUCGCCGACCAUCGACGAUGCUGUCCGUUUUGCUGGUAUCGCGCUCAACCUGCUGAUUCUCUACGUGGGUUACGUGAUUCCAAAGCAAACUCUGAUCAACAGCUCGAUCUGGUUCGGAUGGUUGUUCUAUGUGAACCCGAUCUCAUACAGUUACGAGGCUGUCUUGACUAACGAGUUCUCGGAUCGGACCAUGGAAUGCGCUGCCUCCCAGCUUGUUCCUUCAGGAUCUGGGGCCGUUGCAGGACACCAGGGAUGUUCCUUGACCGGUUCAUCUGUUGACCAGACUUCUGUUCCUGGUGCCCAAUACGUGGAAGCAAACUUCCAGUUCACUCGAUCCCACCUCUGGCGUAACUUUGGUGUUGUCAUUGCUUUCACUGUUCUCUACAUUCUGGUCACUAUUUGGGCCGCUGAGUUCCUCUCCUUUGUGGGUGGCGGUGGCGGUGCCUUGGUCUUCAAAAAGUCCAAGCGCUCCAAGCAGAUCGCUGCCCAGACUACCUCUGGCAACGACGAGGAGAAGGUGGGUAAGUCGAGUGACGAUGCAGCCUUGGCCCGCGGUGAAGCCUCGUCGGGCUCCGACGAUGCGGGAUUCAACCGCCUGUCCUCCAGCGAGCGCUGUUUUACCUGGUCCAACGUCGAAUACACGGUUCCAUAUGGAAAUGGAACCCGCAAGCUGCUGAACAACGUCAACGGAUACGCCAAGCCCGGCGUCAUGAUCGCUCUGAUGGGUGCUUCUGGUGCUGGAAAGACUACUCUGCUGAACACUCUGGCUCAACGCCAGAAGAUGGGUAUCGUCAAGGGUGAUAUGCUUGUUGAUGGCCACCCACUUGGCGCUGACUUCCAACGUGGUACCGGAUUCUGUGAACAGAUGGAUUUGCACGACAACACCUCCACAAUUCGCGAAGCCUUUGAGUUCUCAGCAAUCCUCCGUCAGGAGCGCAACAUUCCUCGCGAAGAGAAGAUCGACUACGUUAACCGGAUCAUUGACCUUUUGGAAUUGGAAGACAUUCAGGAUGCAAUCAUCGGCUCCCUGAACGUUGAGCAGAAGAAGCGUGUCACUAUUGGUGUAGAGCUCGCCGCGAAGCCUAGUCUUUUGCUGUUUCUGGAUGAGCCUACCUCGGGUCUUGACAGCCAGGCUGCAUACUCUAUUGUCCGUUUCUUGAAGAAGCUAUCUCAGGCCGGCCAGGCCAUCGUCUGUACCAUCCACCAGCCUUCUUCCAUGCUGAUCCAGCAAUUCGACAUGAUCCUCGCUCUCAACCCCGGUGGUAACACUUUCUACUUUGGACCCGUUGGCAAAGAAGGCGCUGCAGUUAUCAAGUACUUCGCCGCCCGUGGAUUCGUCUGCCCACCCUCCAAGAACAUUGCCGAGUUCAUCCUUGAAACUGCCGCUAAGGCCACCGAGCGAAAUGGCAAGCAAAUUGACUGGAACGAGGAAUGGCGCAACUCCGAAGAGAACCGCGCGGUUCUUGCCGAGAUCGACCGCAUCAGAACCGAGCGCAGCAAGCUCCCCGUCGACGAGUCCGGCAGCACAAACUACGAGUUCGCCGCGCCCACCAUGGUCCAAACUGAACUUCUCACCAAACGACUGUUCCUCAACUACUGGCGCGACCCGUCAUACUACUACGGAAAACUCUUCGUUAGUGUGAUCAUUGGUAUCUUCAACGGCUUCACCUUCUGGAUGCUCCCAAAUACCGUAGCAAGCAUGCAAGACCGCAUGUUCUCUUGCUUCCUCAUCAUCCUGAUCCCUCCGAUCGUCAUGAACUCCGUCGUCCCGAAAUUCUAUAUCAACCGCGCCCUUUGGGAAGCCCGCGAGUACCCCUCUCGCAUUUACGGCUGGGUAGCCUUCUGCACAGCCAACGUUGUUUGCGAAAUCCCCGCCGCAAUCGUCACAGGCCUCGUCUACUGGCUCUUCUGGUACUACCCCGUCGGUCUCCCAACCGACUCCUCAAGCGCAGGCUACGUCUUCCUGAUGUCGAUGCUAUUCUUCCUCUUCCAAGCCUCCUGGGGCCAAUGGAUCUGCGCCUUCGCCCCCUCUUUCACAGUCAUCUCCAACGUCCUCCCCUUCUUCUUCGUCAUGGUCAACCUCUUCAACGGUAUCGUCCGUCCUUACGCUAAUUACCCUGUCUUCUGGAAAUACUGGAUGUACUACGUCAACCCGGUAACCUGGUGGCUACGCGGUGUUCUCUCCGCGAUCCUUCCAGCCGUGAAAAUCACCUGCGCAGACGGCGAGACGACCAAAUUCACCCCGCCAUCCGGUAUGACAUGUGGCCAGUACGCGGGCGACUAUGUUCAGAAUAUCGCCGGACAGGGAUACCUGGUUGACACAAGCUCCACGACCGAAUGCCAGUACUGUCCCUACAGUAACGGAACGGAGUACAUGCAACAGCUGAACGUACACGAUGGAGAUAAGUGGCGGUGCUUCGGUAUCUUCCUGGCCUUCGUCAUUAUCAACUGGUUCCUUGUUUACUUCUUCAUCUACACCGUUCGUGUCCGUGGCUGGAGCUUCGGACUCGGAUACGUAUUCGGCUUGGGCGGCUCGUUGGUUGAGGGCGUCAAGCGGACGUUCCAGCCGAAGAAGAAGGAAACUCAGCAGUGA